UAGCAUGUUUGUAAUGUUUUUUUUACACUCACUGUUAUAUUCUUGAUGUAUUAGUUUAACAUUUAUUUUUAUUUUUAGCUGCCUCUUUGGGCCUCCCACGGGCCUGGAUUAAUCUGGACCUGAUUAGGAAUAUGAUCCUUGUAGGGAACCUAUGGAAAAAAUAAUUGCGUUAUUUAGUCAUUAUUGGAAUAUGACGUUUACAGUGUGCACUUUUAUUUACCUAUCCAACGUGUAGACCUGAUUCAGUUGAUCAUACCUCCGAUGCUCAUUGUGUCACUAGUUUCUAACGCCCUCUACUCCGAACCAGGGCAAAUGCAGAGGAUACACUGUAGCUCCACCCACACCGUGUCGAAUGGAUUAAGGUUCUCUCCUGAUCUGCGAAGUGUGUCGGUGAGUCACAGUCCUGCUUCCUUGUUCAGUGUGGAAUGCUAGCGGACCGGUGGCGAGCCGAGGCUGAAGGAGCAUGGUGAAGCACCAACCCUUGCAGCAGGUCUAUGAGAAGCAGCUGUGUUUGUCCUUCCUCACUGGGAUCUAUGGCUGCCGCUGGAAACGCUACCAGCGUUCACAUGACGACAGCUCCAAGUGGGAGUGUGCAUGGUUCGUCAUCUUGUGCAGCACCUUCUCCCUGCUCCUCUUCUGGGCUUACUUCUGGUUGGAGGCCCACAAUGACUACAACCAAUUCAACUGGUUACUAUACAACCGUUCUGGGGAAUGGAAGGACGGGACUGUCCCCAUUCUGGCAACCACCGCAGUUGGCUUUAGUUACAUUACAUUUUUAAUGAUUUUAGCACUUUGUCAUAUUUCACUGGGACAGCAGCUGAACCUCUACUGGAUCCACAAGGUUGGUGUGUUGGCUGCCUUGAUCACCACUGUCAGUGGCGUGGUCUCUAUCGAUGACGUCUGGGGGGACGAAUGGGACAUCAUCCUCAUAUCUCUACAGUCCACAGGGCCUUUCCUGCACAUAGGAGCUCUGGCUGCCGUCACAGUGCUGGGCUGGCUAGUUGCUGAACAAGUGGUCCGUGCAGAGAGAACCAAGUUCCACAUGAUAUUGCUGCUGGUUUACCUGAGUGUCCUGCUGGCCCUCUACAUGGCUCCCCUUGCCAUCUCCUCACCCUGCAUCAUGGACAAGAACAGCCUCAAAUCUCGACCUGACGUCAUUGGUCGACGGGGAGCGCCAAUGCUGGCUCCAGAGAACACCCUGAUGUCCUUCAACAAGGCUCUGCAGCAGGGGGUUAGCUCCUUGGAGGCCGACGUCACCGUCAGUCUGGACGGGGUGCCUUUCCUGAUGCGAGACCGCACCUUGAAAAGGACCACUGACAUCGCCAAGGUCUUUCCAGACAGGCAGCACAAGGACGCCUCUCUCUUCAACUGGACAGAGAUUCGCUCUCUCAAUGCGGGGCAGUGGUUUUUGGAGAACGACCCCUUCUGGACUGUUGGGUCUCUGACAGGGAGGGACCGGAACCGGAUACGGAACCUGACAGUGUGUAGCCUGGUAGAGAUGUUGCGUCUGGCUGCCAGGGCCAACCGGUCAGCCCUGUUGUAUCUCCGCAGACCUCCCCCAGAACACCCACACUACAAGACCUGGAUCAUGGACACCCUGUGGGCCGUCCAGAGGUCUGGGAUAUCACAGAAGAGAGUGACAUGGACCCCGGACACAGACAGGGGCCGUGUCAGGGGGCUGCAGCAGACCUCCUUGGAGAAGCUGUCAGUGGAGGAGCUCAGACACAGAGGCAUCAGCAGCCUGACCCUGCGCUACUCACAGGCCAGCAACAAGGACAUUCAGGACUUCUUGGCAAACAACAUGAGUGUGACGGUGUACCCGGUGAAUGAGCCGUGGCUUUACUCAGUGCUGUGGUGCAGCGGGGUGUCUUCGGUCUCCUCUGACACCCCUCAGGUCCUCCGCAAGGUGCCUUACCCCAUCUGGCUUAUGAGCCCAGAUAAAUACUGCUUGGUCUGGAUCACCUCCGAUCUAGUCUCCAUCGCCAUAGUUAUAGGAAUAUUCAUCUUUCAAAAGUGGAGGAUGAGUGGCAUGCAGAACUACAAUCCAGAGCAGAUCAUGCUGAGUGCUGUGGCGCGCAGGCCCAGCCGGGAUGUCAACAUCAUGAAGGAGAAGCUCAUAUUCUCAGAGGUAAGUAAUGGAGUGACCAGUACAGAUGAACAUCUAUAUCCAGAGAAUGGCUAUGACAUUGGGCAGUACAAGUGAGCUGUGUCUCUAUCUGGAGAAUGGCCAGGACAAUGGUCCAUUCAGAUGAACUGUCUCUAUACCAUGAGAAUGGCUAUGCCAAUGUGCAGGAAGGAUGAGUUGUCUCUGUACCUGUCUGCACUGGUUGUGACAGCUACACUUAUGACGGCAUAACAUGGUAACCGCAACAGGCAGAAUCACAAUGGCUGCUACUGGAAACAUGGAUGUUUCUACCAACAUGUCAGAAGUUUGAACUUUAAAAAGUUCUGAAUGUUCAAUAUUUUGAAGACUGUUGACCUUCUUGCUGGAGUGACUUUUUUAGAAGUUGUUCUGACGGAUCAUGGGAUGUUUUUCUUCGAUAAUUUGUUUAUAUAGCAGAGGAAAAGCGACCUGCUCUGGACAUUGAGUUGAGUUUUUCUGUUAUUUUAUUUUCCCUCAGAGGAUUUUCAUGGUUUGGAGUUCUGAAUACUAUGAUAUAAGACUGAAUUCACUAACAUGUGUGUCCUCUCCUAUCGAUGUGUGAAUGACAUUUUGCAUUAUGGGAGUGAACUGUUCUUGCAUUGUCAAAUCAAAUCUAAUUUUACUUGUCACAUACAUAUGGUUAGCAGAUGUUACUGCGAGUGUAGCGAAAUACUUAUGCAUCUAGAUCCGACAGACAGUGCAGCAGUAUCUAACAGGUAAUACAGUUGAAGUCGGAAGUUUACAUACACCUUAGCCAAAUACAUUUAAACUCAGUUUUUCAAAAUUCCUGACAUUUAAUCCGAAGAAAACUUCCCUGUCUUAGGUCAGUUAGGAUCACCACUUUAUUUUAAGAAUGUGAAAUGUCAGAAUAAUAGUAGAGAAAAUCAUUUAUUUCAGCUUUUAUUUAUUUAAUCACAGUCCCAGUGGGUCAAAGGUUUUGGGUAGCCUUCCACAAGCUUACCACAAUAAGUGGUGUAACUGAGUCAGGUUUGUAGGCCUCCUUGCUCGCACAUGCUUUUUCAGUUUUGCCCUCAAUCUAUAGGAUUGAGGUCAGGGCUUUGUGAUGGCCACUCCAAUACCUUGACUUUAAGCCAUUUUGCCACAACUUUGGAAGUAUGCUUGGGGUCAUUGUCUAUUUGGAAGACCCAUUUGUGACCAAGCUUUAACUUCCUGACUGAUGUCUUGAGAUGUUGCGUCAAUAUAUCCACAUAAUGUUUCUUCCUUAUGAUGCCAUGCAUUUUGUGGAGUGCACCAGUCCCUCCUGCAGCAAAGCUCACCCACAACGUGAUGCUGCCACCCUUGGUCAUUAUGGCCAAACAGUUCUAUUUUUGUUUCAUCAGACCAGAGGACAUUUCUCCAAAAAGUAUGAUCUUUGUCCCCAUGUGCAGUUACAAACCGUAAUCUGGCAUUUUUAUGGCGGUUUUGGAGCAGUGGAUUCUUCCUUGCUGAGUGGCCUUUCAGGUUAUGUCGAUAUAGGACUCGUUUUACUGUGGAUAUAGAUACUUGUUUACCUGUUUCCUCCAGCAUCUUCACAAUGUGUUUCGCUGUUGUUCUGUGAUUGAUUUGCACUUUUCACACCAAAGCACGUUCAUCUCUAGGAGACAGAACGUGUCUCCUUCCUGAGCGGUAAUGACAGCUGAGUGGUCCCAUGGUGUUUAUACUUGCGUACUAUUGUUUGUACAGGUGAACGUGGUACCUUCAGGCGUUUGGAAAUUGCUGCCAAGGAUGAACCAGACUUGUGGAGGUCAGCAAUUUCUUUUCUGAGGUCUUGGCUGAUUUCUUUUGAUUUUCCCCAAAUGUCAAGCAAAGAGGCACUGAGUUUGAAGGUAUGCCUUGAAAUACAUCCACAGGUACACCUCCAAUCGACUCAAUUGAUGUCAAUUAGCCUAUCAGAAGCUUCUAAAGACGUGACAUUUUCUGGAAUUUUCCAAGCUGUUUAAAGGCACAAUUAACUAAGUGUAUGUAAACUUCUGACCCACUGGAAUUUUGAUACUGUGAAUUAUAAGUGAAAUAAUCUGUCUGUAAACAAUUGUUGGCAAAAAUGACUUGUAUCAUGCACAAAGUAGAUGUCUUAACCGACUUGUCGAAACUAUAGUUUGUUAACAAGAAAUUUGUGGAGUGGUUGAAAAAUGAGUUUUAAUGACUCCAACCUAAGUGAAUGUAAACUUCCGACUUCAACUGUAUAUGUUGCCAUUACUUCUGCUGGUUGUUCUUCUCAUCGAAACUUCAGCCCAAAAUGAUUGUGCCCUGUGUGCCAUUCUCACCAUAAAUGAUUUAACAGCUGCGUUUCAAUAAUACUGCUUUAAUAUUGCUUUAAUGGAGGAGAGCAUUCAAGAAACUGACAGUGUGCUACUCACUCUCAAAGCACUUUAACAAAAUGUUAAAUAAUACCAUAAAUUAAAACCGUAAGAUACAGUACAAAAAUCCUUUAAACCCUCAUUUAAUCAACAAGCUCUCGCAGUCGCACAUCAGAAUUAGACGUUCAUCCAUGUUUCUUAAUCACAUUUUGAAGUUAUUCCAAACAUCAAACGUCAAAGUGUUUAGUUACUUCUCUGUAUAAUUCCAAGGUUACAUUUUAGACAUUAACACCAAAUGGUUAUGGUAAGGGUUAAGGUUAGGGAUAGGCUUAAAGCAAAAUAUCAAAAACAACUUUCUAUUGCUGGAUUCAAACAUGCAGCCUUUGGAGCCACAGGCAGAUGCUUACGCACAUCUGCCAUACCUGUCCACAAUACCUACUUAAAGAUAACAGCACUUACUGUUGCCCCUAGAGCCAGUUUCUACGUCCUCUCCCGACCUCCUCAGACAUGUAUGGACAUUGAAUACUGACUUGUAUCAUGGGUGACCUGCCUGUAUUUAAUCUCUCCCAUUUCCACAGGCACCUCUUGUACUGUACACCCACACACAGUAAAGUUGACAUUGCACAUUGUCCUAAAAACAAAGCCUCGCCCACUGUUAUGAUUUCACAGGUCCAAUGUCAGUGAUUUGAAAGGCUUGAGAUACAUCAUCAUUAACAUUUACAAACCAGCAGCCAAUCCAACUCACUAGAAUAGGAAAUUGUGUACAGUUGCUUCAUGCAUAACAAUUGCAGUGCCAGCCACAUAGGCUACAGAUACUACAUGCAGUAUGAAAGCAAAGAGGAGUGCUCUUGUAAUGCAGAAAAGGGCUUUCACAUUAGAUCACGAUCUGGGUGAAUUGCAUUGAUCCACAUCAAUCAUUUUUAGGUUAGGUCUGAGCCAUGGGAGGAUGAUGGUGCAGUGCUGGCAGGUGGAUGUCUGUCUCCUUGCUGUUGUCUGAGCAGUCCGAAGGGAUGUAACAGCCAGAGUCUCUGGGGCAGUCGGUCAGGUCCGCUUUAACACUCUCAGUCAGGGACUUGGCAUCCUGGUUUAACUCUCCCUCCUGACCAUCACCUAGAAUGGAAUGGGUAUGGGGGCUUUGAGAAUGGAAUGGGUAUGGGGGCUUUGAGAAUGGAAUGGGUAUGGGGGCUUUGAGAAUGGAAUGGGUAUGGGGGCUUUGAGAAUGGAAUGGGUAUGGGGGCUUUGAGAAUGGAAUGGGUAUGGGGGCUUUGAGAAUGGAAUGGGUAUGGGGGCUUUGAGAAUGGAAUGGGUAUGGGGGCUUUGAGAAUGGAAUGGGUAUGGGGGCUUUGAGAACUUGUAUUCAAAAGUAAUGGCCACAGAUAUGCUCCCACAAUAUCAGAGUAGCAGAAAUAACUUUUUUCAUAGUUUCCUCUUCCCCCCCCCCAACCCCCGAAAUAUGCCUAUUGUAGCUGGAUGUUUGAUCUGUAUGUAGGCUGUGAAAGCUGUGAGACCAUGUUACAUUUGCUUACCGCAGCGAAAAGUGAAGUUCAAAAGAUAAAGGUUUGCAUAAGCUUGAAAAACAUGACAGAUAAGCUAGUGCAGCGCCCAUACCACAGUGUCUUACCUCUGAAAAUGACAUUUCCUGUUAAUAGCUUGUCUUGUCUUGCACCACUCAAUGUAGUUUCCUGACUCUGCCUUUCCUUUCAUGUCCUUCUAGUAACUGUCUCUUUACAGCCUAUAAGCAGUGUUUUGCGUAUUUGCAGUGUAUAUAGAUUAUGUAUACAGUACCAGUCAAACGUUUGGACACCUACACAUUCCUGGGUUUUUCUUUAUUUUUACUAUUUUCUACAUUGUAGAAUAAUAGUGAAGACAUCAAUACUAUGAAAUAACACAUAUGGAAUCAUGUAAUAACCAACAAAGUUUUAAACAAAUAAAAAUAUAUUCUUUGCCUUGAUGACAGAUCACCUGGAAUGCUUUUCUAACAGUCUUGAAGGAGUUCCCACAUAUGCUGAGCACUUGUUGGCUGCUUUUCCUUCACACUGCAGUCCAACUCAUCCCAAACCAUCUCAAUUGGGUUGAGGUCGGGUGAUUGUGGAGGCCAGGUCAUCUGAUGUAGCACUCCAUCAAUCUCCUUCUUGGUCAAAUAGCCCCUACACAGCCUGUAGGUGUGUUGGGCCAUUGUCCUAUUUCAAAACAAAUGAUAGUCCCACUAAGUGCAAACUGGAUGGGAUGGCGUAUCGCUGUAGAAAGCUGUAAAGCUGAAUUCUAAAUAAAUGAUUGAUUACAGACAGUGUCACCAGCAAAGCAACCCCACACGAUCACACAUCCUCCUUCAUGCUUCACGGUGGGAACCACAUAUGCAGAGGUCAUCCGUUCACCUACUCUGCGUCUCACAAAGACAUAACAGUUGGAACCAAAAAUCGCAGAUUUGGACUCAUCAGACCAAAGCACACAUUUCCACUGGGUCUAAUGUCCAUUGCUCGUGUUUCUUGGCCCGAGCAAGUCUCUUAUUAUUAUUGGUGUCCUUUAGUAGUGGUUUCCUUGCAGCAAUUAGACCACGAAGGCCUAAUUCGUGAAGUCUCCUCUGAACAGUUUAUGUUGAUGUGUCUGUUACUUGAACUCUGAAGCAUUUAUUUGGGCUGUAAUUUCUGAGGCUUUUAACUCUAAUGAACUUAUCGUCUGCAGCAGAGGUAACUCUGGGAUUUCCUUUCCUGUGGCGGUCCUCAUGAGAGCCAGUUUCAUCAUAGUACUUGAUGGUUUUGCGAUUGCACUUGAAGAAACUUUCAAAGUUCUUGAAAUGUUCUGUAUUGACUGACCUUCAUGUCUUAAAGUAAUGAUCGACUGUCAUCGCUUAUUUGAGCUGUUCUUGUCAUAAUAUGGACUUUGUCUUGUACCAAAUAGGGCUAUCUUCUGUAUACCCCCUACCUUGUCACAACACAACUGAUUGGCUCAAACACGUUAAGAAGAACAUAAAUUCCACAAAUUAACUUUUAACCAGGCACACCUGUUAAUUGAAAUGCAUUCCAGGUGACUGCCUCAUGAAGCUGGUUGAGAGAAUACCAAAAGUCUGCAAAGCUGUCAUCAAGGCAAGGGGUGGUAACUUUGAAGAAUCUCAUAUAAAAUAUAUUUUGAUUUGUUUCACACUUUUUUGGUUAUUCAAUUAUUCCAUAUGUGUUAUCUCAUAGUUUGUCUUCACUAUUAUUCUACAAUGUAUGGAAAAAUAAAGAAUUGUCCUUGAAUGAGUAGGUGUGUCCAAAUUUUUGACUGGUACUGCUUAGUAUAACACAUCUUUAGCUAUCCAUGGCCAGUACAAGAUGGCUGAUAUCCUGUUAUUUACACACACUGUGAGGUGAACACAAUUAAUGUUACAUUCUGAAGUUUACUUCUUGCAGUGAUAUUACUUUGUUAAUACAGACAGUCUUUACUGGG